GUUGACAUUUGUCAGGCCAGUUUUGGGUCGUACAUCGACCUUAAAUAAGCACCUGGGCACGCGGGCAGCCGCACGGCUCCCGGCGACGGCCCUCCGGUGGCAGGGGCAGCUCCUGGGCAGCACUGACGGCCCUCACAAAUGGUGUACCAGCCCGAGGCGUCCGCGGCGGCGGCGGCGCGCCGCCGACGGAGCCAGCGGCGCGUGGGCUUCGCGGACCAGCCGCCGCCGUCGCCCGACCCGACCUUCCCACCGCCGGCGCUCGAGAUUGACGAGACCGACGCGGUCAGCGCCAUCGAUGAUGGCCCGCUCCGGGCGCCCGAAGGCGAGCAGCUCGAGAUCCAGAUCGACAAGGCACAGACACCAAAAGUGUCAAAGCAGCACAUCGCCUUCGGGCGGGUCGUGAGGGAGCGGCAAGCGGUAGAUGCCUACGUGCCGCCGCCGAAAUCGCUGACGUUGGACCCAACCACCGGCGCGCCCAUCUUUAGAUCACCUGCGUCAAAAAAGAAGUACGGCUGGACCAGGACACCGAAACAGACGCCCACCAAAGUAAGAAGGAAGGUGAAAAGGGUGAUGGAUUCGCUGCCUCCACCACCUUCCGUGUCGAAGUACGUCGACCGAGCACCAGAUGAAGAAUCGGUCAUCCGGCCGAGUGACUUCGAGAGCUUCGGUUCGCCGCCUCCAAAAGCGCCGCCGGUCUUCCUCACGGAACCCGACGAGCCGCGAAGCCCACUGUCUCCGGUGGAAAACACGUUCCCGACGGGCUGCUCGGGCUCGGCCGUCGAGGCCGUGCGGGCGAAGAAGGAGCGGUUGCAAAGGGAAGCGGUCCAGGCGAAGCUCGACAAAGUAGCGGAGCGGAAGCUGCGGUUCGUCCGCGAAAAGCGGUGGAAGAAAUGGCUCGUGGCGGUGGUGAGUGGACGGGCGGCGAUGGAGCUCGCGAAUCGAUUUCUGUUGAAGUGUAUCCAAGAAGAGGACGCGCGAUUGCAUGAAGACGCGCAAAGGACGUUAAGUAGGUUCUACCGCUCGAUAACAAGAAGGCGCCGGCUCCACGCCGCCGCGACUUUAUUAAAGGCGCGGAGUUUAAAUGUUACGAUCAAAAUACGGGUCUGGAAGAAGCGCUUCGCGUCGCGCAAGCUCCAGCGGUUCCUCAAGGAGACGGCCUGGGCGAUUCGCAUCCGCACCGCGCGCCGAAAAUAUUUUAGGGCGGUCCGGCUGUUCCAGCGGCUCUUCCGCGAUUACGGAGCGUGCACGCGCGCGCGGAAGCUGGCGAUGCGCCGCGUCUGGGACGCCUGCGAAGGCAAGGCGGAGGAGACCUUCGCGACGAAGCUGAAGCAAGCGGCGGAGGCGGCGGCGGCGCGCGCGAAGGAGCACCCCGCGACGUUCGCCGAGGAGGUCUCGAUGACGGCGGGUCCCGACCCCGAGAUCCGCGACGCCCGGCAGCGCGCCGCGGCCUGGCGCCGGCGCAAGGCCGAGCUCGUGAAGGCCGCCCAGGAGAAGCGGCGGCGGAAGCAGCGCGACGAGGUACCGACGCGGCGUCCAUUUCCCGCCAGCACGCCAUCGCCGCGACGCGUCGAUAACGCGCAGGCCAUCGCCAAGGACGAGAAAACCUGGAACCGGACGGACGCGAAGUUCGCGGCCCUCCUCGCGAAGACGACGGGUCGUCAGACUCGCAGGCGCCGUAGGACCGCGCCCGUGGCUGCCUUCGCGCCCGUUCCCGUGGCUGCCAGGAACGCCGCGUUUUCGGAAAUUAUCAGAGAUCGCCGGCGCGCGCACGGCAAGCGGUACGCCUCGAAGACCAUCCGCGACGAUUACAGGGGCACGUCGAAGGAGUUCACGAUGGAGGAGGCGUUCAACCUGCUGGGCAAGCCGCUGCCCGCGGCCGAGGCGGUGCGGAAAGCGCACGAGUGGCCGCCCGUGGCCUUUUUCGUUGGAUUACGGAAGGAGGUGCGUCGUCGCUACGCCGCCGCGCGGGCGAGCGAAGAUUCGCUCGCUCUUGCAAGACGGAAGGCGGAGCCGGUGGUGGCGUUUGAGGUGUAAGACUACUAAGACUA